UAAAUAAUUAACAGACAAAAGAGUUGGGGAAAAAAAUACAACAGUCCUACAGACAGAGAGUGAGAGAGAGAGAGAGAGAGGGGGGAUGUUUGCGAAGGAAUCGGCGGGACCAAACUUCGACCUUCCCGAAGAAGUUCUCGAUUUCUUGCCGUCGGAUCCAUUCGAGCAGCUCGAUGUGGCCCGCAAGAUCACCUCCAUUGCCCUCUCCACCCGUGUCUCUUCCCUCGAAUCCGAGGCCUCCGCCCUCCGCGCCCAGCUGCUCGACAAGGACGCCCUCAUCGCCGAUCUCCAGUCCCAGCUCCGCUCCCUUGACGCCGCUCUCUCCGACGCCGCCGACAACCUCGUUCGCGCCGAACGCGACAAGGAUAGCUUGCUGAGAGAGAACGCUCAGUUGUCCAAUACGGUCAGGAAGCUCAGUCGAGAUGUCUCCAAGUUGGAAAGCUUCAAAAAGACACUCAUGCAGUCACUUCAAGAUGAAGAUAACCAUGCAGGACCAUCUUGGGUUGCUGCUACUCAAACAUCAACUCAUGCAAGCUUGUCUUCUCAAUCACUUGCUGAAGAUGAUGCUGCAUUGCCACCUUCAAGAGCUUCUUCAUUACACAGCCAGAUCUCAGAAACUGGAAAUCCUUAUGCAGAAGAUUAUGAGACAGAUGCCUCGAAGCCUCGAAUAUCACUAGGACCGUUAUUAGCAUCCCAAGCUAGUACACCUCGGUUUACCCCUCCUGGUUCUCCUCCUAGCCUAUCUGCAUCUGUCUCUCCAACAAGAUCAUCUAAGCCUGUGUCCCCAAGGCGACAUUCAAUUUCAUUCUCAACCUCAAGAGGUAUGUUUGAAGACAGGGCUUCAGUGCUUUCUUCUUUGCCCCCAAGCCAGCACAGUUCAAUGUCAAGCUUGGAUGCAGGUUCAAAUUCCGGACGAACUAGAGUUGAUGGGAAAGAAUUCUUCCGCCAAGUCAGGAACCGGUUGUCUUACGAACAAUUUGCCGCAUUUCUAGCAAAUGUGAAGGAACUGAAUUCCCACAAGCAGACAAAGGAGGAUACCCUCCGGAAAGCUGAUGAGAUUUUUGGCCCCGAUAACAAGGAUCUAUUUAUUAUCUUUGAGGGAUUGAUCAAUCGAAAUGUUAAUUGAGAGCAUGGAACAGUGGUUAUUGUAGGCUGAGGCAUUGUGUUACCAUUAGCUGUAUGCAAUUUAGGAUGGUCUAUGGUGUAACUUCCAUGAUUCUAGUGUCAUUCUUUGACACCCAGUUUGUUAAAUUUCACCGUAAAUUACUGUAUUGCCCUUCUGAAGUCAAGGCCUCAGAGUACUUUGUUCUGAUUAUACUUGCUUGCUGUAUUGGUCUUUUGAAAUUAUUUUGCCAGAAAAAUAUAUAAGAUUCACUUUCAUAUU